UUUAAUGGCCGACGGCUGCACUACAAAACGCAAAACGUCCGGAUUAUCCGCUGUGUUUGGACUUUAGUGGCCACUGCUAGGUGCCGUCUGCGUUUCUUUGGUGACACACGUCGCCGGGGGGAUAUAUCUGGUCCACGGGCGUGUUUCUUUGGGUUGUUUCCACAGCGUUUCACGGACUUUACCCGCUUGAUUCGUGCGGCGGGCCUAGCCGGCUGGCUAACAAACAAGCGGACUGUUCGCCUGUCACCGGAGUUUAAAGGGAAUAUGUAACAUAAACUAUCCAACAUGACAUCCAGAUUCGGUAAAACAUACAACCGCAAGGGAGGAGAGGCCAAUUCUAAAUUUGAAGAGGUCUUCUCCAAUAAGAGGUCCACUCUGACCACCAAAUGGGGAGACACCACCUACAAGGCUAAGCUGGGAGCCAAAAGGCCUCUGUUAAAAUCGGACGCCUCAGAGCUUCUUAAGAGACCCCGGGUUGAAGACAGUGACAGUGAAGACGACCCAUUCGGGUUUGACAGCGAUGAUGAGUCCAAGACUGUGACCUCUCAGAGCCAGCCCCAGGUGAAAGUCAACGAAGGGGAUGUGUCCAAGACGACUGCAGUGCAGGGCAGUGGGGCGGCUGCUGUUGUGACUUCUGCACAGGGCUCUGCAAGCUCAGCAGCCUCGUUCACAAGCAAGCAAACGCUUGAAGUAAAGGCUGUGAAAAAUGCCCAGUCCCGGUUUAAAAGCACACCAGAGAGCAACCAGAAACUUGCAUGUGCAGCCUCUUUUUCAAACGCAGUCCCUUCUGAUCAGAAAUUCUCAGCAUCCCAGAGGCCCAUCUCUUCCUCUCCCAAUGUAGGCACCUACCUUAAACAGUCCAGUGGUGGCAGAGACUUUCAAAUGUCUUCCCCCUAUGAUGAGCUGCCAUCAGAAGAUAUGAGAAGUGCUGAGCCGGAACCACCCAUACAGCCUCCACCACAACCUGUGGACAACAUCCCCCCAUCCCCUUUCACCCUUAGGGCCUCUAACCCCAAGAAAUACCAGCGGCCUAACAAGCUAAACAAAACAGCCUCUGAACCUGCUGAAAACAACGAUAAGCCCAGUGAAACUGCGAGUGCCCAAGUCAAACCCAACAGUGUCCUUCCUGCUGGUGCAAGUAGUACUGCUAGUGGUACUAAACCAGCAGCCAAGCCUCCAGGCAGAGGCGGUGGGAGGGUACGGGAUUAUACAGUUCUGCACCCUUCCUGUCUAUCCGUGUGCAACGUCACCAUCCAGGACUCAAUUGAGCGAGGUGGCGAUGAAUUGGUCACUCCAGCUGCACCUGCUGAAGACGUGGGCCAGAUGAAGAAGAAGUCUGAAGCUCCACCACCAAAAACUAUCAGGUUCCGACCCACUCAGACAAAGACGAGGAAGACCAAGGCUGAGUCCAAGCUAGAGUUCUUUGGCUUUGAGGACAAAGAGGACCCAGAGGGUGAGGACGGCUCUGAUGCCGCCAUGGCAGGCAAGAGUAACUACAAGAUCAAAUACUUCGGCUUCGAUGACCUGAGUGAGAGUGACAGUGAUGACGAGAGCUCUCAGGCAAAAGAGAAGAAAGCCAAGAAGGCGGCUGCAGCCCUGGCCGCUCUAUGCUCCAGUGUGGACAGCCCUCAUACCAGUGACUCUCAGGACAGCCAGGCCAGCAGCAACACAGAUAAUUUGGAAUAUGAUGAAUCCAGUUCUGGAGGACCUGAGGGGCAGAAAGGACGCUCGGGGAAGCAGGGUGACAAAUCCAAGGAUGCUGGAUUCAAAAAAAUCUUCAGUGGACCCAAAAAGUCACCUGCUAAGGCCGUGUACAACGCUCGCCACUGGAACCAACCGGAACCUGAGGAGAUUCCAGUGCCUCCACUCUCUCGAGCUCAAACUGCUCCAGCCAUUUUAUCAAGCAGCAGCAAAGACAGCAACUCCAAUAAAGAUGACGGCCUAUUCAAAGCCCCUCCACCUCCGCCCAAAGUCAUUAAGUCAGAGACCCUGCCCACACGACUCAACCAGGAUAUUGUCACGGCGCUCAAAUGCAGGAAGGAGCACAAGGAGCUGUACACGGUGGUGCAGCACGUGAAGCACUUCAACGAUGUGGUGGAGUUCGGAGAGAACCAAGAGUUCACAGAUGACUUUGAGUACCUGGAGACAGGACUGAAGAGCAUUCAGCCCCUCAACACAAGAUGCCUUAGUGUAAUCAGCCUGGCCACGAGGUGUGCCCUGCCCGGUUUCAGGAUGCACCUGCGAGCCAGAGGAAAAGUGGCAACGGUUUUCAAUAUGAUCAGUGAUUCACCACAACACCCGAAUCUCGCUCUGUGCACAGCUUCCCUGAUGUAUAUUCUGAGUCGGGAUCGUCUUAACAUGGAUCUGGACAGGGCGUGUCUGGAGCUCAUGAUCAAGCUGCUGGAGAUGGACCACGACUUCUCAGGCCACCAGGAUCAGCUCACAGAGAAGGAGGUCGCCAAGGUCAAGGAGAAGAUCAGGAAGUUGUGCGAGACUGUGCACAAUAAGCAUCUUGACCUUGAAAACAUAACGACUGGCCACCUUGCCAUGGAGACGCUGCUCUCUCUAACCUCGAAGAGAGCUGGGGAUUGGUUCAAAGAAGAGCUGCGGCUGCUGGGAGGUUUGGAUCAUAUUGUAGACAAAGUUAAAGAGUGCGUGCAGAACCUGAGCCAAGAGGACGACAAGGAGAACCUCGUGGCGUCUUUGUGGGGUGCUGAGAGGUGUCUGAGAGUGCUUGAAAGUGUGACAGUUCAGAACCCAGAAAACCAGGGUUACUUGAUUGCCUACAAAGAAUCGCAGCUCAUUGUCUCCUCUGCCAGAGCUCUGCGGUACUGUGAGGAUAUGAUCCAGCGCUACAGCCGGGCAUUGAACAACAGCUCCCUGUCAUCGUCGGGUGCAACGCUGCCUCACUGCAGCUUCAGUAACGUCGGCAAGGCGGUGGAGGACUGUAUGAGAGCUAUCAUAGGAGUGCUGCUCAACCUCACCCAUGACAAUGAGUGGGGCAGCACUAAAACAGGUGAGCAGGAGCUACUCCUUGUAACUGCUCUGAAUUGCGUUGUCCGAGUCCCACGUUACAUCCCCCAGGAGCAGCGCUUUGAUAUACGAGUACUGGGACUGGGUCUACUUAUAAACCUUGUGGAGUACAGCUCCAGAAACCGCCACGGCCUGGUGGACAUGGAGUACAUCGUGGACGACACCUGUUUGGAGGACAGCCUGAUGCUACCUGCUGACUCAACGCAAUCAGACACAGCAGCAGAGUCAACGCCGCCGAGCACAGCUGAGUCUCAGGCAGCCGAGGCUGAAGAGCCCAGCCCCUCUGGUGCUCUAGCUGCUCUAGUGAAACACUUCCUGGAGAGAGAGCGCGCCGCCAUCCUGGCCGAAUCCAAGACUGACGACUUGAUCUGUGAGGCACCCAAGCCAGCACUGGACAAAAGCGGAGAGUGGCAGGAGACGUCGGGAGAGAUCCAGUGGGUGGCGUCCGAGACCAACGAGGCCAACGACAGCGAACCCGAGAAGAAAGAGGAGGAGGAUGAAGAGUUGGACCUAAAUAAAGCUCUGCAGCAUGCAGGCAAGCAUAUGGAGGACAGCAUCGCUGCCUCCUACACCGCUCUGCUGCUGGGCUGUCUGUGCCAGGGCAGCCAGGUAAACGUGACUACUGUGAGAAAGCAUCUACCUAAAGGGGAUUUCUCCAUAAUGACAGAAAUGCUGAAGAAAUUCUUGAGUUUCAUGAACCUCACUUGUGAAAUAGGCUCCACGGGACAGAAGUCCAUCUCGCGGGUCAUUGACUACCUGGAGAACUGUUAACAGACAGCCAGUCAGCGGACUCACUCUGCGACUGCACAUCAGAGGGAUCCCAGGCUGUCCUGUUACCCUCCCCCCGCCCGCCUGACAGGAGAACAACAGGUCAUUGGAGUCUCCGCAGCAUUUCCAAGACUUCACCUGAUCUGCCAGUGUCGUGAUCACACUGAAUUCUCACCGCUUACGGCGCACUCUGCCGUGCAUUCUCAUCACACACACACGAAAGUUUCUCUUCCUCUCUGAACCAAAGCCCUGCGUAGCCGACAGUCGGUCACGCAGAUUCCUUCCGUUCCGCUCCACUCACGCCGCCGUUAGAGUCAGAUCAACUUGAAAAGGUUCAGGACUCGCCCUCAGGUAACUGGGAACCAGGCUUCUGAAUACUCCGUGGAAUGUCAGACGUCAAGAAGAACUCGGAGCAGUCGGCGUCUCGAAACGUCCCCUCCGACGUUCAAGUCUCAAUUCUCAGUCGCUUAGCAGGAGUUUGAACCUCUGAAUCAAAUUUUAUGGAUCAUUACAUUUUAAUCUCUGCUUAUCCAUGUUGAAGCCAAGGGUGAAAUCAUUGAUUAGCAUGAAAAACAAUCAUUUUCAUGGAUGUUAGGACGACGUCUCCAUUUGUUAACCUGUGGGGAAUGGUUCCGAAUGCAUACAUCCAUUUUAACCUACGUGUUUGCAGUUGGUUUGAAUGUUGAAGGGAAAGAAUAUUUUUAAGCUUUGAUUUGUUUAGUUUUUUUUAUCUUCUCAUUGUGCCCAUUAACUUUGUAAACUGUGUGAGUUAGCAAAUCUGAUUGGUGUUCGCUGAUGUGUUUUUAGAUGUUUUUCUUUUUUCCCUUAAGGGCAUAUUAUUUCUUUCACCCAAAUUAUGAAUCAUUUUUUAAAGAAAUCAGAUCUGCCGUGAGGUGUCAGCUCGGAUAGGAGGUUCUUUUUUUCAGCGAUAAUGGCGUCUAGAAAUUACACCCUUAUGAAUUUUUUUUUUUUUUUUUUUACCAUUCCUGUUUAGACCAUUUGAAUUUAAAUUAAUUCAACAAGAUGUUUUUAACCUCACGAGUAUAACAGACAGGAUGAAUUCUCUGAUGAAAUUGAAGGUUGUGCUUCCUUUUGAAUGAAGUUAAUGUUUUCUAAACGUAUUUAAUUUAAAGCUUUCUCCUACUCCUGUAAAUUGAAAUCCACCGUGUGAAAUGCCAUUCAUGUCUAAACUUUCACACCUUUUUAUUAUAAUUUUACCCAAUGUGACUCAGCUCAGUGGUUGGAAAGAAAAACGGAUUUAUCCGAAACAUGAAAUUUCAACUAAAUCGUUUUGCUUUAUUGAAAUUGGAAAAUUCAUGUACAUCAUUGUGGGGAGGGGGGGUGUUUCCUUAUGUGAUGGUUUUAUUUUUCUGUCCAGCCACAUGUAGCUUGAUGUUCUUUAAUCUCAUUGUAUCAUCAUGUGUCUGCAUUAAGACGACACACAUUAAGCUCCCACUUAUUUAUUCUCAUGUGUUGUCAUGUUCCCUGUGGUGAUGCAGCCGAACCCUUCUGAAAAGCCUCCGUCUUGUACUGCUCACAUGUACGAUCACUGAUUUGAAUGACAGCCAUACCUGUGUGCGCAGAUUAGGUUCCUCUGGUUUGUAGGGCUACAGUGAACACAGCCGUGUUUAUUACUUUGCAAAUUCUGGUCUGAAUGUAAAUACGACUGUACAUAGCGGUUAAUGGACAUUUAAAAAUGCUUAGACUACUUUUUUCCCUGGAGCUGAUAUUUUUAUUUUAUACAAUAUUUCUGAGUUGUCAUUUGGAAAAACAAAAAAUUGCAGGAUGAGACAAAAAAAAAAGAGUUUGUACUGUUUCAAGGACCUUUGUCUUUGGUUAAAUGUAAAUAGUUGUAUCUCAAAAUGAAAAAGAAGUUGCUACUUUCAA